GCGCGAGUCGGGCGCCGAGGACGAGGGGCCGCGGGCAGGGCCGGCCGGCCGGCGGGCGGAGCGCCGCCGCCGACGCACACGAGGUGACCAGGCAUUGAUGCACCCCCAGGGAGGCCGCGCGCUCAAGGAGGCCACCCCCGCUGGCUGCUGCGCACAUGGUUUCUGGGCCCCUGGCACUCCGGUGGUACGCGUGGGCGGGGCGUGGGGACAUGGGGCCCGACAUGGAGCUGCCCAGCCACUCCAAGCAGCUCCUGCUGCAGCUGAACCAGCAGAGGACGAAGGGCUUCCUGUGUGAUGUCAUCAUCAUGGUGGAGAACUCCAUCUUCCGUGCUCACAAGAACGUCCUGGCUGCCAGCAGCAUCUACUUCAAGUCCCUGGUCCUGCACGACAACCUCAUCAACCUGGACACGGACAUGGUCAGCUCCACGGUGUUCCAGCAGAUCCUGGACUUCAUCUACACGGGCAAGCUGCUGCCCAGUGACCAGCCGGCUGAGCCCAACUUCAGCACUCUCCUCACUGCCGCCAGCUACCUCCAGCUGCCUGAGUUGGCAGCACUCUGCCGCCGUAAACUCAAGCGAGCCGGCAAGCCCUUCGGCUCCGGUCGGGUGGGCGCCACCGGCAUGGGGAGGCCGCCCCGCAGCCAGCGGCUGUCCACAGCCUCCGUCAUCCAGGCGCGGUAUCCGGGGCUCGUGGACGGACGAAAGGGGGCCCACACCCCCCAAGAGCUCCCCCAGGCCAAAGGCUCGGAUGACGAGCUCUUCCUCGGAGGCUCUAGCCAGGAGGGUGUGCAUGGCCUGGGCCGGGCCGUCUGUCCAGCCAGCGGAGGGGAGGCCGGCCUGGGUAGCUGCAGCACCAAUGGGAGCAGCGGGGGCUGCGAGCAGGAGCUGGGCCUGGACUUGUCCAAGAAGAGCCCUCCCCUGCCUCCUGCCACCCCUGGUCCCCCCCUGACCCCUGACGACUCGGCCCAGCUGAGUGACAGUCAGCACGGCUCGCCCCUCUCAGCCUCCGCCCCUCCUGUUGCCAACAGUGCCUCUUAUGCUGAGCUGGGGGGCACCCCCAAUGAGCCCAUGGACCUGGAGGGGGCCGAGGACAACCACCUGAGCCUGCUGGAGGGGCCCGGCGGGCAGCCCCGGAAGAGCCUGCGGCACUCAGCCCGCAAGAAGGAGUGGAGCAAGAAGGAGCCCAGGGUGGGGUCCCCCUUUGAGCGGAGGGAAGCGGGGCCCAAGGGCCCCUGCCCAGGGGAAGAGGGCGAGGGGCUAGGGGACAGGGUUCCCAAUGGCAUCCUGGCCAGCAGCGUUGCAGGGGGUGGCCCCAGUGGGCCCUACGUGGAGCCCCCGUACCCCUGCAAGGAGGAGGAGGAGAACGGCAAGGACGGGAGUGAGGACAGUGGGCAGAGUGGGAGCGAGGGGGGCAGCGGGCAUGCUGGCACGCACUACGUGUACCGACAGGAGGGCUACGAGACUGUGUCCUACGGGGACAACCUGUACGUGUGCAUCCCCUGCGCCAAGGGCUUCCCCAGCUCGGAGCAGCUCAAUGCCCACGUGGAGACACACACGGAGGAGGAGCUGUUUAUCAAGGAGGAGGGUGCCUACGAGACGGGCAGCGGGGGCGCCGAGGAGGAGGCUGAGGACCUGUCGGCGCCCAGCGCGGCCUAUGCGGCCGAGCCCCGGCCCUUCAAGUGCUCGGUCUGUGAGAAGACCUACAAGGACCCGGCCACGCUGCGGCAGCACGAGAAGACGCACUGGCUGACCCGGCCUUUCCCCUGCAACAUCUGCGGCAAAAUGUUCACGCAGCGCGGCACCAUGACGCGCCACAUGCGCAGCCACCUGGGCCUCAAGCCCUUCGCCUGUGACGAGUGUGGCAUGCGCUUCACCCGCCAGUACCGCCUCACCGAGCACAUGCGCGUGCACUCGGGCGAGAAGCCGUACGAGUGCCAGCUCUGCGGGGGCAAGUUCACCCAGCAGCGCAACCUCAUCAGCCACCUGCGCAUGCACACCUCCCCCUCCUAGAAGCCAAAGACCCUGCUCCCCGGCCCGAGGCUGCCCUCUGCAGACUCGCCCUCGGGAGCCAACCGAAGGAAGAAAGAAGCACGGAGGCCGGGCGGGAGGGGCCGGGACCCCCAGGUCCUGUGGGGGUGGCUCCUGGUGGCACCUGCAGCCAGCCCCGCCCCCCCCCCCCCCCCCCCCCACCCAGAGCUUUAAUGGACAAGUCUGUACCAAGGGAAGCGAGAGGAGGGAAGCCGACAGGCCCGAGCUCCGAGUGCGCAUUGCUGGUGUGCAGUCUACCUCCCAAUUCUGCCCUGGCCCCCGGCUCCCCGAGAGGGGCCGCUGCAGGGCCUGUGGGAGUGGGUCACAGGGGUCUCAAUGCCCCUUUCCCGCAGGCCGGGUCAGAGCAGGGGGAAGUGGGGGCCUCCCUCCGCUGGGGAGGAGCGGGGCUGCCCCGUGGCCAGGGGCGCAGUCUGUGUGCGUGCACGAGUGCUUGUCUGUGUGCGGGCCACCCUGGCUCUUUGGGGAGCGGUGCCGGAGGGGAGGGGACAGAGCCCUCCUUCCUCAAGCCAGGGGUCACUGCUCACUGGCGCUGGGACAGUCAGGGGGCCCCCACCGCCUACCUCUCCACAGCUAAAGAGCCCUUUGGGCCUAUGUUGCUGUUAUUCCUACUGAUCUGUUCCUUUUUUCUUUUUGAAUUUUGUUUUUUAAACCAAAACCAACAAGAGUUUAUUUUCCUCCCGGCCCCUCAGGGCUGAGCCUGGGUCUGCAGACUGAAUGUACAGGGGCAGCUGCCCCUCCCGCCCCCACCCCGGCUGUGGGCUGAGGGGUGCCCACCCCUCCAGGCCCCAGAAGCCCUUCUUGGCCAAAGGCUUCCCUGGGCCCCGAGCCCCGCCUCGGCUGCCUCAGGAGAGAGAGUGAUUUUCCUAUAGUUUCUGAGGAAUAUUCUUUGUUUAGAGGUACUUCUUUUUUAUUAAGAGAAAAACCAGUGUAACGUUUAUGUGAAUGUUUGAACUGGAAGGUCUGGGAUUUGUGGGGGGGGAGGGGGGAGGCUGGACUCCAUGCCAGAGCCGUCGGUACUCUUCUUUUUCAUUUUCUGUGUGUGUGUGUGUGUGUGUGUGUGUGUGUGUGUUUAUGUGUGUGUAGUGUGCGCGGUGCACGUGGACAGAUAAUUGAGCUUUCCUUCCUUCCUUACCGAUCAAGGUGGAGAGACUUCUGACCUUUUGCUACCUCUUGAAUCCACAAGAACAGUAUGUUGGUGGCUGGCAGCUGAGGCCGGGACACUCAGUUUCCUCCUGUUAGUGUGCGCAGGAAGACUGGCGUGUGAGUGAGCCUCCUGGGCUCCCCCAGUGCGCUCACGAGGGGCUCUGCGGCCCAGAGCGCGCCGCUUGCCGUGUCCACCUGCAGGUGUUCUGAGUGUCGCUGAGCGUCAGGGAGCCGGUGUGUGCUUCUGAUCUGGACCUGGGUUGCGGGGGCGGGGGGGGGGCGGUGAGUGCUUCAGCCCCAGCCCCAUGGGACAUCAGGGCGUGGAGCCUCACUGCCAGAGCCAGCUCCUUGCAGCUCCCUGUCAGGGCCAGGAUGAGGUGGAAGUGAGCCCCCCCCCAUCCUGCCCUUGGGCCUGCGAGAGCCGGAGCUUGGGAGAGCAGCAGCCCCUGCCAGGCCAGUGCAGAGGCACGGGGAGGCACUGACCAAAGUGAUGUAUACCCCCCUGGGGGACAGGGAGGGGGCCUGCCCUGCUUUGGCACCUUCUCAGGGCAGUCCUGGCCGCUCUGGCAAGACGCUGGCUGCCACGAAUUGGCUUGGCCCUGUCUGGAGUCCCACCCUUCGCCCCUCACUGUGGGUUUUCUCUGCCAGCCUCAGGACCCUUCCAUGGGCCAGGGGUCAGGCUCGCGAGGCCAGACCAAGGUCGCUGUGGUUGUCCCUGCUGUCCUUGGCUGACUGGAGCCACAGGGCUGGGCCAGCGGCUUUGUCUUCAUUUUGCUUCAUGCUUUUUAUUUUUUUUUUCUUUCUACUUUUAAGUUCAGACCAAAAAAUUCUAGAGUCAUCGUCAACCCUCACCCCUCCAGAGACCCUCCAGCUGAAAACAGCCUGAGUUCAGGGACCCGAAUGGUGAAGGGCGUGUUUUGCAAGUGAGGGCUCCCGGCUGAGCCCAUCUCAAGGCGCCCCGAGCCCCAAGUUGGGUCUUAACUCCCUCUGGGUGGGAAAGGAGCACCGGACCCAGGGUCUCGUGUUCCCCGAAGUCAGGUGAAGGGGGCAGGGUCCUUUCCAGGCCUCUCCGCCCUCCCGACCCCACCCCACUCCGUCAGCACUUAAGCCACACGACACAAAGUCUGUACCGCACGGGAGUUGUACGCAUGCGCGCGCCCGGCCUGUGUGUGGCCUCUUGGGCUGUGGGCGGCUACAUUCAUGAGGUGACCCGUGAGAGUAGGUGAUUCAUUUGCAGAACUUCAGGGACUGGGCGCAAAGGCCCCUCACUCAACGACGUUCGUGCGACAUAGUAUUGUACCCACCUGAGUAUUGUAUCGAGCCUUUUCUGUAUUUUAACAAGAAAGCAAAACACUAGUUUCCUAUUUAAGAUUUUAAGGGUUUGUGGGGAGGGGUGGGACUAACACAACACUUGGUUUUGUUUUCUUUUCCCUUUGAUUUCAUGUGGAGUGUGUGCUUGCGAGUGUGUGCGUGGAAAUUUGUUAAGAGCCUCACAAGGAAAUUAGGCUGUUGGAGGCCAAGGGCGGCUUACAGUUCUCUGCUUUAGUCACUUAAUUCCUGAAUGUUUCGGAGAAACAGGAAACAGAGAAAAUAGCAGAUGUCAUGUAGGAAAGAGAGGAUAAACAAAACAAAAAAAAAAAAGAAAAAAAAAGCUCAUACCCAAAUUCACAAAACCUAUUUUUUAAACCAAAGCACAUUUUGAAUGAGUAUGGAACCUCAAUGGGCUCAGAAAAAAGAUACUAAUAUAUUUAUCUCAUUGUUUACAUAAACUUUUACAGUUUCAGACCUCAGCAGCUGUAAGGCCAGUCCCAGUGAAUCCCCACCUUGCGCUGGAGGCCCUUCUGAGUCAGCUCAUGGGCAGAGGGGCGGCCGGGGCAGGCACGGAGGCCCCCUGGAUUCACCUGAGCCCUCCUCCCCAGCCCCAGGCCUCUCAAAGCCCACCUGGCACCAAAGAGUGUGGGCCGGUGCUGACCGGCCCCCAGGCCUCCUGGCCGGACCGUGGGGGUCCCGGCCAGCUGGCACAGCAGGGGAUGGCCGUCGGCUCGGGCCCUGGGGUGGAGGACCCCCCCCCCAUCUCCCCCACUCUGCCUGCGACCCUCGGGGUGGGUUGAUGUGAGGGUCCCUCUCAAGCCAAAAAGCCCCGGGACCUUUGCACAGCUCCGUUGACUCCAGCACCCCCACCCCCACCCCCAGCAGUGGGUGGGGGGGCUUACUGGGCUGGUCCUUACCAACACAGACGGUGCAAACACUCUGAACAGUGUUGUUUUUGUAUCAAUAUGUUUGUGCAGUGAUGAAUGUAUUUAUUUCUCAGACUUGGGGCGAGUGAGCGGCCGGCUCUGCCACUGCUCGCUCCCACCAGACCGAGCCACCCCAAGGGCUCCUCCAGGAUUGCAAAAAAAGGUAAAAAAAGAAAAGACGAACCUUUAAGCAAAUAAGAAUCUCAGAGACUCGCAGCAUAGCCAUACACCUCAGCCUGUGAAAUGAACAAUCUGGACCUUGACGGACUUUUGGAACCUCAUGCAGCCGUGUGUGUAUUUCCUGUUCGUCACCACUUGGGGGCGCUGGGCUGUCCCACUGUGCCCCCACCCCCACCCGGUCAGUAUUCACUGGACUGGGCCGAGUGCAGGAGUGCGAUCUGGGCUGGGCUGACUGGGCAGGCAGACCCUACCGCCCUCCCCACAGCCGUCCUGAGUGGGGGAGGCCUGGGCAGCCAGGAGGGCAGGGCUCAGGGAAGAGGUGGCUGCAUCCGUCCGCCCCCUAGCUUGGGGGACGAAAGCAGAGGCACCAGGCCUCCGAGGAACAGACAAGGGAUCUCAGCCCUGCUGUGCCCCUCAAAGGGACCAAGGCCCUUGCUCUUCCCCAGGGUCACAUUGGGGCAGAUGUUACUGAACCUGUGAAUCCGAUGCCAGGAGUGAUGGGAUGGAGAGGGACCUAACCAGAGCCUCAGUGUGACAUUCCAGAUCAGGGGGUGGAUGUGCGCUGUGGGAAUUGAGGCUGCCCAGGACCCCCUUUCUAGGACCCCUCCCCCAUCAGCUUCAGUCACCACUUUAAUUUUUCUACCGGGAACCCCUCCCCCUACCUCACCUUGCUAUUUAUUGCUGUAAUUUAUUGACCUCAGAAAUGCUGCAUAACAGACCUCACUUGGGGCAGGGAGGAUCCCCAGGGCUCCCCCCCUCCACUUGGCGGGGCCCCGUGGGGCCAGGUGCUGAGGGGAGCCUCUCUGUAUCCCACCCAUCACUUGUUUUCCCUCUCCCCCCUUGGGGGACCCCAGGUUGGGCACCUGCCCAUUCGCAAAUACCUCGAGGGGGAGGGGGAGGGGGAGGGAUGGGGUUAUAGCUGUUUUGUUUAAAUCAGAACUGGAAGAGGGAUCACGUCCUACUCUGUUCCCUUCCCAGAAGGGGGAGGGACACCGUGAUCGCACUCCUGUACUGGCCACCGCCGCUGUCAGUCAUCACAUCGAGCUCACGUUGAGAGUUUGGAUAAAUUCAGGUCAGAGCUGCAGGUAUGCAGCCCUCAAGUGUCAUAGAAAAGCAAUUCACCGACGACUGAUCUCUCCAUUCAGAAGCGUGCAGUCUUAAUGUACAGUGAUGAGAAACUGUUAUUUUAUGAUCUUUUCAUUAAAAGCUUGAUU